GGAAAAAGAUAGUAAUUUCUUGGGACAGCCAAACAAAGUCCAAAAGGCGGCACAACAAAGGCAGGACGACAGGACCAGACCAAGCAGCCCCAAAAAACUUCCUUUUCCCCAUCCGCACCUCCGGCUCGGAUCCUGACCGUCGCCGUCGAGCCCCGAGUUCCCUCUUCCCUGCAACCGAUUUUGCUCUCUCUCCUCUCCAUGUCAUCCUCAUCCAGCACCAGCAGGUCACUCCGAUCCUCCAUCUCGCCGUUCCGCUCCCGCAAGCCUCCUGCUCAGCGUCCCCCCUCGCCGGCUCCGCCGCCGAAGCAUGGCGGAAGGCCUUCCACUCCUCCAUCGGUUUCUUCUUCUUCUUCUUCUUCGUCCAGGCCUCCCUCGAGGUUGUCCACCUCCACUGCCGGUCCCAGCUCAGCUCCCGCCGGCCAGACUCCUGACCGGCUCGAUGCUAACAAGUCCAGGGAAAAUGUGACGGUCACGGUCAGGUUUCGGCCGCUCAGUGCUAGGGAGCUUGGUAAGGGGGACGAGAUAGCUUGGUAUGCGGAUGGAGACUACACAGUGAGAAAUGAGCACAAUCAUUCAAUUGCUUAUGGUUUUGAUAGAGUCUUUGGUCCAGCGACAACAACUCGUCAUGUAUACGAUGUUGCUGCUAGGCAGGUUGUUAGUAGUGCCAUGCAGGGUAUAAAUGGUAAUUAGCUUCAACAUUACUACUUCAAGUUGUAAUUAUUUGUUUGUAGCUCUGCGGAAGCCCAAGUUCUGCCUCCUUAUUCAGCGGGCAGUUGUACAAUUUUUGCUUAUGGAGUUACUAGCAGUGGAAAGACUCACACAAUGCACGGGGAGCAAAAAUCACCUGGAGUUAUUCCGCUAGCAGUGAAGGAUGUUUUUGGGAUUAUACAAGAGAUGCCAGGGAGAGAGUUUCUACUUCGUGUUUCAUAUUUAGAAAUCUAUAAUGAGGUAAUCAAUGAUUUGCUCGACUCAACAGGACAAAACUUAAGAAUACGAGAAGAUUCACAGGGAACUUAUGUUGAAGGGAUAAAAGAAGAAGUUGUCUUAUCACCAGCUCAUGCUCUAUCUUUGGUAGCAACUGGAGAAGCGCAUAGGCAUGUGGGUUCCAAUAAUAUCAAUCUUCUAAGCAGUCGAAGCCACACUAUAUUCACCUUGACCAUCGAAAGCAUUCCUAGUAGUGAAAAUCAAGGGGGAGAAGAUGUCACACUUUCAAGAUUGCACUUAAUCGAUCUUGCGGGAUCUGAAAGUUCCAAGUCUGAAACAACUGGAAUGCGGAGAAAAGAGGGGUCAUACAUAAAUAAAAGCUUGCUUACUCUUGGAACAGUUAUCUCUAAACUGACUGAUGGAAAGGCAACCCAUGUUCCAUUCCGAGAUUCAAAGCUCACACGUUUACUGCAGUCAUCGCUUAGCGGCCAUGGACUAGUUUCUCUUAUAUGCACUGUGACACCGGCCUCUAGCAAUAGUGAAGAGACACACAAUACCCUUAAGUUUGCCCAUCGGACCAAGCAUGUGGAGAUUAAUGCUUCUCAGAAUAAGAUUAUUGAUGAGAAAUCUCUCAUAAAGAAGUACCAGAAAGAAAUUUCUUCCUUGAAGCAAGAGCUUCACGAUUUAAAGCGUGGCAUGAUGGAGAAUCCUCGUACUGCAUCAACUACUGAAGAAGAUUUGGUUACCUUGAAGCAGCAGUUGGAAGCCGGCCAGGUCAAGUUACAAUCAAGACUAGAAGAAGAGGAACAAGCCAAGGAAGCUCUGAUGGGAAGAAUUCAACGACUCACUAAACUUAUCCUGGUUUCCACAAAGAAUUCCAUGCAACCAAGUCUACCUGAAAAACCGAGCCACAGAAGAAGGCAUUCUUUUGGGGAAGAUGAGCUGGCAUAUUUACCAGAUCGAAAACGAGAGUAUAUCAUCGAGGAAGAUGUGGGAAGCUAUGGUUCUGAGCUUUCAGCAGGAGGAAAGGAUGAUAUAGCUAGCUUAGAUGACUUGGUGAAGGAUUAUAGAAGGAGCAGGAGAAGGGGAAUGCUUGGCUGGUUUAAAUUGAAGAAGCCUGAGUAUUCGGUUGGAUCAUCACUGAGUGCUGACAUUGACAGCCCUGAAAGUCUAUCACCUGCAUCUAGUUAUAUAUCAUCUCAGAGUCGAGUAACAUUUACUGAUAUAAAGGAUGGACAAAGGAAAUCUGUCAGUAGGAAGGAUGACAAUAAUCUUGUUGUCCCAUUCCCAGAAAGGACACAGGCUGGUGAACUCUUUAGUGCUACUGUUGGAGGCCGUCACUUACCACCGACUGGUACCACCAUCACAGAUCAAAUGGAUCUACUUAGGGAGCAGGUGAAAAUGUUGGCUGGGGAGGUGGCCUUAUCAACUAGUUCCCUGAAAAGAUUGUCAGAGCAAGUUGCUUCUCAUCCUGACGAUUUACAACUUAAGGAUCAAAUGCAGAAAUUGAAAGGCGAAAUUAUUGAAAAGAGGCAUCAGAUGCUAAUUCUCGAGCAACGUAUGAUUGGGUCAAUUGGGAUGACCAUGCCUAACAGCAACGAAUUAUCGGAGGCUUUAUCCAAGGUGACAACUCAGCUCAAUGAAAAAAUGUUUGAACUUGAGGUUAAGUCAGCCGACAAUAGAAUACUUCAGGAACAACUGCAGCUGAAGGCAUCAGAGAAUACCGAACUGCACGAAACAGUACUUUUGCUAAGGCAACAACUAAGCUCUUUGUCAGAUAAGCAGUCAAGCCAUCAGCAGCCUGCAGAAUCAUACGAAGAAAGUUAUAUCAAUGAAAGCACACCAAAGAGUGUAAUGAGCCUGAAUCGAGUGUUUUUGCAAGAAGAAUCUAGACAUUUCAAUAGUUCUCAGGCUGCCGAAAUAGACAACCUGAAGCAGGAGAAGAUGAGGCUUGUUGAAGAGAAAGAAGGUCUCAAAAUCCAGUGUCAGAAACUUGCAGAGGAAGCUGUAUACGCAAAAGAACUGGCUGCUGCUGCCGGAGUUGAGCUCCGAAACCUAGCUGAGGAAGUGACAAAGCUUUCGUAUCAAAAUGCUCAGCUGGCGACUGAGCUGGCUGAUGCUAAAGAGGCUAUCCUCCGAAGAUCUACCACUUCUAGGGCUACUGAUUUUAAGCUGAAUGCCUCAAAGCUGAGAAAGUCAGUCCCUAUUAAUACUGAGGACUUAAGAUUACCUGGACGUGAAAAUGAGUACCCACUCUGUAAUGGCCACUCCCAUAAACCAUCUGAACGUGACAACUUCACCAACAUGGAUGCGGUAAAUAGCUCGGAAUUGUUGAAAGAACGAAAAAAAUGCAAGGAGCUGGAGCGUCUUGUAUCAAAGCUAAAGGGAGAUGAUAUAAAAAGUCUCGACCCAUCUGCACUAGAUGAGCUUCAGACUUUUCACCUUGAAGCCAUAACCAAAAUCUGUCAUGCCAAGUGUACAACUCAGGAUUCGUAACAUCUCAAGUUGACUGCUUUUCUUACAGCGAGUGACUUGUAAGGUCUGUCUCCCAAUCAUAAUCCACGGUUUCUGUACAUGCAAAACGGUAACGAAACAGAUUCUGACCUCUUCCUUCCGGCGCAAGAAACUGUAACCAUUAUUUCUUCAUCUCUAGGGUAACCGACUACUCCCGGUAGUCACUAAUAUGGGGUUUCUAUGUAUCGAUCAACCAAAACGAGUCCGGUAGCAGCAGUCCCUUGUAUGUUGUAGACAGUAUGGGUACACCCUUCACUCUUUUCCCUUUUCCUGGGAUGGACACUGGGUACCAGAAAUGUACUCAUUUGCAUAUAGUUAUGCAUCUCUAUGAUGCCCAUUUCCAUGGAUGGGCAGUUCAACUAUACAACAACAGAAGACGUUAUGAAAGAUGCUGAACAUCGCGACAAAAAUCGCAGGGUAAUGUUCACUUUCGACCAUGCUGUUCGCAAACCGCACGAGGCAGAAAACCUACUCGUGGGAGUUUUCUGCCAUUGUAAUUGCACCAAUUAUGGUAAGAAUCGACUGU